CGCGUCAUUAAAGCCCACAAAGUGGUGCUCAGCUCCGGCUCGACGUACUUCAGGGACAUAUUCGCCGCAUUCAAGAAUCCAUUGCAGGUCCCGGUCCUCAUCAUCAAAGACAUGACUUUCCGGGACCUGAAGGCGAUCGUCGACUUCCUAUACCGCGGCGAAGUUGUCGUACCUGUGGAACAGGUGUCCUCACUCUCCAAGAGUGCUCAGACACUGUUCAUCAAAGGUCUCGAAAAGUAUUUCAAUAACGCGGCGGUCGUUAAUGUGGCCAACAAUCAGACGCCGAGAGGGGCGGCAACUGUUGUGUCGGCGCCGACCGCUCACAACACUGCAGCUAAACGAUCUUUGGGCUCCACUUCUUCCGCAGUGAAGACUAAUAUUAAGGCCGAAAGUCGUGACAACGGAAGCGGUGGUAAACCACUGGCGAAACAAAACUUGUCGCCCAUCUCUGCGAAGAAAACAAAAAGCAAAUCAAAGAAUACACCGAACAAUACACCGAAUACUGAGACCAAACAACCCGUUCGCACGAGUUUGAGGAAUACUCGGCGACCAAACUAUAGACAAUUGUCUAACGGAGACUUCAAUAGCGAUGACGAGUUUAUGACUGACGAUAUGCCACUCUUUGAUCCGAGUGUCGCCUCUGGAAGCGCUUCAACACAAGUGACAUAUAAGAAUCGAAUGUCUAGAAAAGUGAAACAAGAACUCCUCUAUAAUGAUGACUACGAAACGGAAGACGGAAUGCCAACACUCGAGGCGCAGGAGUUGUCUCAAGAAUCGGAUGUCUUUCAGAACAAUGACGACGAAGACAUGUAUCCACGAGUAGAAUACGAGUCCAAUGAUUACGAAGACAAUAUGGAGGAUCUGGAGCCCAAUGAAGGCACGUCUUCACAGGACUAUACGGUUGAUGAGUUGGUGGACGCUAUGGAACCGCGCGGUUUGAUCCGGAAUCCGGUUCAAGUGAUGCCGCGAAGAGUUAACAAACCGUUUGUCAGUCGAAAC